GCUUGCAACAUGUUCACCGAUGUGGCAUGCGCCACUAUAUCUAUACCGGUCAUACGAAACCCACAGAUGCCUCGAUACAACAAGUUUGAGCUUCAUGGCAUUGCUGAGCAAUACAUUUACGCCAAAUCAUUCGCGCGGAAGCCCUUUUUCCGUGCAUGCCAAUGGGGCGUUUCUUUUUCCGAGGACCACACAAUGGAUAGAGUUCAAGCCAAAACUAUACAAACCCCUAAGAAAAACCUCCGAUGUAUUCUAGCCGCCGUCAAACCAGACUUGUGCCACACCUACCACACCCGCUUUGCCAAGAGAAAUACCCGCUGCCACAGCCACCAAAGUAGCACGAACCACUCCUCGAUCGAGCAGCCAUCCAAUCAGGAGGGCUGCAUUGUUUUCAGGUAUCUUGGGUAA